GAGAAUUUUUAGAUUGAUGACAGCUUACUUCAUUUUACCCAUAACAUGGGUACAACAGCUUACUUAUUGGUGUGGCUAUCUACAUUAGCAUUCACAGCCAUUGGUAAAGUUGGGUGCCUCGUUCCGCCAGUUUAUUUGGUUACCUCCCCUGAUGGAAAUGUGACAGUAGAGGAAGGCCAACCAAUCAAGUUGUCAUGUGAGGUCCACAACAGUGAUGGCACUGCUCAGCUACAGUGGGACUUACCUCCUAACUUCAAGCUCAGGGCUUCUGCAAUUACCUGGGAGGACAAACAAUCUAAUGUUAACAAGUUGACAAUAGAUGAAGCAAUGAUAGGAGAUUCAGGGAAAUUUGAUUGUCGCGUGGAAAACAUUGUGAAGAGCGUUUAUGUGACAGUAAAGGCUUCAGAGAUUCACGACAUAUUGUUGGACUCCACAAAUAUUCAUGACCGGGUACAUGUAGAAAUGGCCAUUGUUCCUCCUCGUCGUAAAAUCCAGAUUAUGGAGGGAGAAAGUGUGCGAGUCAACUGCAGUGUAAAUCUGUCUCGCCCUUAUCCUCAUGUGAUGAAGAACGCUCAACUCUCGUGGAUUACCAAGAAAAACAAGGUUCACCAGAAAAGGGUAGAUAACUCCACCAUCACCCUGAUAAUAGACAAUGCUAACAGUUCGGACGCUGGCUUCUAUACAUGCUGGUUCAACACCUCACAGGGUUCUACCCAGAAGCUGUUUUACAUCAGUGUUAAUGCCAAAUUCAGGUUGCAGGGUGAUAUAGCCCGGUUGCAGGGUGAUAUAGCUAGGUUACCGGCUGAUAUAGCCAGGUUGCAGGAUGAUAUAGCUAGGUUGCAGGGUGAUAUAGCCAGGUUGCAGGAUGAUAAAGCCAGGUUGCAGGAUGAUAUAGCCAGGUUGCAGGAUGAUAUAGCUAGGUUGCAGGGUGAUAUAGCCAGGUUGCAGGGUGAUAUAGCCAGGUUGCAGGAUGAUAUAGCUAGGUUGCACGAUGAUAUAGCCAGGUUGCAGGAUGAUAUAGCCAGGUUGCAGGGUGAUAUAGCUAGGUUGCAGGGUGACAUAGCCAGGUUGCAGGGUGACAUAGCCAGGUUGCAGGGUGACAUAGCCAGGUUGCAGGGUGAUAUAGCCAGGUUGCUGGGUGACAUAGCCAGGUUGCAGGGUGAUAUAGCCCGGUUGCUGGGUGACAUAGCCAGGUUGCAGGGUGAUAUAGCCAGGUAG